CACGAAACACCGACACCUGGUGGCGCAAGGUGGCCACCGCUCUCCACGUUAUACCCAUGCAUGCACUUCACUGUCUCAUACUCUCAUCAUCUCCACUAUAAAACCCACUCCCAUUCCCUCUCAUUCCUCACCAACUUAAUCAGCAAUAACCAUCCCCACUCCAAUAAUACCACUCUUCCACUUAGCCCUACCAGAAAUGGCAAAGCUUGCUAUGGCGGCGGUGUUGGUUGCCCUCUUGGCCAUGUCGGCGGCCACGGCCUUCCGCACCACCAUCACCACCAUCGUGGAUGAGCAAACCCCGAGCCGCGGGCAGCAGCACGGCGGCGGCCAGCAGCCGCAAUGCCAGGAGCAGAUCCAGCAGCAGAGCGAAGAGCUCCGCCACUGCGUCAUGUACCUGUCCCCAGAGAACAGCCACUUCAUAAAGAUGAAAUCCUCCAGCUGGAGAAUGCCGCAGCAGCAACAGCAACAGCACCUGAACCAAUGCUGCAACGCAUUAGAGAACUUCGACCGCCAGUGCCGAUGCGAAGCCGUGAAGCAAGCAUUGAGAUGGCUGCAACAGGAACAACAGGAGCAGGAACAAGGACAGGGACAAGGACAAGAACAGGAACAGGGACAAGAACAAGAACAGGAACAGGAACAAUGGCAGCAGCUGGAACAACAGAUUCUGAAGAAGGCUAAAUAUCUUCCUCAAGUCUGCAACCUUGAGCCCCAAAAGUGCCAAAUCAGAACUUUCUAUUUCUAAAUGCCGGGAGGAGCGGCAAGGAUCAAUUGCGUGCUUUAACCUACCACGCAGUGAUCAUAAUAAUGAUGAUGAUAACAAUAAACAUAAGUUCACUCCCUCUAGCUCUAACCUAGAGUUUUCCCGAGUGAAUUUUGAUGUAAUAAAAACUAGUAAUUAUCAAUAAAAGCACGCGAUUCGGAGAUCAAUGCAUGCAUGUUUGGGUA